AUGGGGCACCUGCGGUCUUCCCAGCCCACACAUGACCAUCAGGACUGGGGGCCCAGAUGGGGACACAUCUCAGGAGAAGGGACCAGCUCUUCCACCCACUCCCAAGGCUUGGGAUCUAUUCUUACUGCUCCAUUCAGGGGAGGGGGUGGAGUGGAGGGACAGCUUGGGCCCUUGGAUCAGAGCCAGGAUUCAGGCUGGGCUCUCUCGGGCUCAUCGCAAUGCAGGAGAGAUUCCCAGCAAUCUGACUGGAGUGGGCAGUCCUGGGGAACGAGCUCCCCGUCCAUGCAGACAGUGCGGUAG